CUACUCCACCUACAACUUCAGGUUACAACCUCCCUACCAGUGUGAAUACUUGCCCAAUUCACAGAUACAGAUUGAGAAACAUUUAUCCAGAUCUCUUCAUAAGUCUGGUGCAUCGUUUGAUGGAAUUCUGUUGCAACAUGUUCAGUAUACUGUAAUCAAUAUACAUACAUGUAUAAUGUGUCUCAAUGAUGUUAGUUUAGUUCCUACUUGCAGAGGGUGCCGCGCCACAGGCUGAGGUGAGUCAGGCGUGACUGCAAAAAGCUGGAGCGAGUUUAGGCCAUGCGUUGACUGUCCGCAGUUGGUUGAGCGAACCUAUUGGUUUUGUAGAGCUUCACAUGCUGCCAUGGGUGUAGUCGCAAACCUGGUGAGCUGCACUUUCUAUUUUGAAUUAUUUUGCGACAAAUAUUUUGCCUUGGUUAGUUGGUGACUUACUUGCGUGCCUUUGUUGUGCAGACCAGAUUUGCGAACAUUGUUGUGUUCGCCAAUCAACUGAUAUACUGUACUAAAGUGCUCCAUGCAUCCAAUCGCCAAAGAGGGCCAAAGAGGGUCAUUUCAUUUACUGUGUAUAAAUUGGGCGAUUGGAUUGGAAGAUGUGGACAGCCUUUCCGAAAAACUGGCUGUUGCACAUGUCUUGAUGAUUUCACAUUGCAUCAUUUUCUAAAUGCCACCAUGAUGCCACUAUGGUUUAAUAUGGUUUCUGACUGUACUUGAUCUUGUCCCGGCAGGGUUGCGUGCAGCUCUGCAAUGCGUCUUCGUCCAAGCUUGAUAGCUCACUACACAUGAAAGGCAACAGACUUGCCAAAUCCGACCGAAAUGCACAAAUGAAAUUGAGACCAGGCAUGAAUGGCGCCAUGAAUGGUUUCGGUAGAAUUGUGUACGCUAGUGAAUUGCUCCGGGAGGAUCAAGUCUUUUGGGACAGAGACGAAGUUGUGAUUUGGCCAUGCAAACUCCGAGUGAUGAUGAAGAGGAGGCUGCGGGUUAGCAGGGAGGUGGCCGCCGCCCUAGAAGCAAGGCUGCAGACCUUGGACCAUUUGUCCACGGAGGAGGCUGCAAUGAUGCUGCAGCGGAUGGACCCAGCCCAAGCUUCACAGCUGGUGCUCUUGAUGGGAAGCAGCAAGCGCUCCGGCGUGCUUGAAGUGAUGCCAAAGGUCAGCGGUGCCACAAAAGCAUUGGCAGAUGUUAUCGAGAAGGAUAUACCUGUUGGCCCCGCUUGCAAGCACGUUCCUGUUGCCCCCAGCUCACUUGAGGGGAGUUUAUGGGUUUUCUAUACUUGUAUUAUGUCGUUCGUAGAAAGUAGCUGAUUCCACCAUAGAGGUUGUUUUUGAAAAGACUGCCGCGAGAGCAGCAGCUUCGAAAGCUUUUUACCUCUCUUUUUACCACCAAUGUGAAAUGCACUCCAUGCAUUGGUGAGUUUGCUUGUUUUGAUCAGGUUUGAUCUGUUUGCAUCUCGCCGC